GCAGCUGGUGUUGUUGUGGUAGCCACGGUAGUACGGUACACACGUGUGGACGCGUCACCAGCCUCACCAGCUCUCAGCUUCACCAGCUCCCGUGCCCCACACCUGCCACACACCUGCCCCAAGACGCCUCUGGUGCCACACCAGGACACCAAACCUGCCGUGGUGGAAGGUAGACACACACACCUGCACCUGGUGCUGGUAAUGGGGGUUUUGUAGUGCCCAGUGAUGCCUGCUGCUCCGAUCCCACGAGUCCGCCAGUGUGGCAGACUUGAUAAACUGUCUCUGUCGGCAUUGGAAAAGUUUCUUCUACGAGCUUUUUAUUUUUUGGCCAAGGAAGGGUGCACAAGUACACCUGAAGAUCUGUUGGGUAGUGGAAAUCAUAGUCCAAUCAUUACAACACUUUGUGAAAAAGACAGUCUCUCGCCAAUUGAAGAAAUACGUUCGUAUCUCUUUCCGAAACUUCACAUGUGUUAUCGGCAACAGCUUGUAGAUGACCUUUUAAUUGCAAUGGGCUCACCUGAAUUUGAUGAAAAUAUGCUAGUAGCUGAAUUAGAAUUUAAAUUCAGAUCUUGUGAUAUAGUUGCAAGCACCAGUGACAUGAAUCAGAUAAUUCAAAAUUAUUUAAAGUGUUUAUUGCUUGGAUAUGUAACUAAACUAGAUUUUAGUGAGCUCUAUGCUGGAGAAAGCUGUUGGAUAGCCAGAUCCCGAAGGAUUUUGCAUACGUGGGGUCAAGUUAAGGGAGAUGGCUCUGAGUUUACUAAAGGAAUAAAAAACAAUAAUGUUAAUACAAUCAGUGUUGAGUGCAUGUGGAAGGAUCUGGUGUUUGAAAACAGUAAAGCUGUCGGAAGGGGAGCAAUAGCCUCUGCUCCAUACUUUCGUGAGUUGCUUAGCAUCAACAUUGAUUACGUGGCAACAGGCCAGCUGGUGUGGUCAAUAGGAUGUAAUUGUCCUCUUCUUCAGCAUUUAAGUUUGUACCUAGACACAAGAGAUGAUAGAAAAUAUAGUAAACAUUUUGAAGAUAAUUUAGUGGACAGUUUAGCUGCCUUGUAUGGCCAUAAAAAAUAUACACCAUCGUUUUACCGAGGACGACCGUUAGGUUGUCCGAAACUUCAGACUUUAAUUAUGCCCUUAGUAGGGGAUCACGAGAGGCUGGAGGUAUGCACAUCCAAGCUACUGUGUUAUUUACCGCGUCUUCAUGCUGUUCAUAAUGUAAGCACUGCAAAAACAUUUGUAGCUCUUCUUAGCGAUGAAGACUUCAAGCGUAAGCCUCUGUCACUCAAAUAUAUUGAUGAAUCCCAUUCAGAAGAGGCAACCACAGAAGAUAUUUGUGAACAUUUUCAGUUGGAUAUGAAGUUUUUUUUUCCAAAGGUGACUAGCAUUAAAAUAAUUCAGAGUAAGCAACGAGGCGGCCUCAGAAUUAUGUCAUAUUUUCCCAAAGUGAAUAACCUGGAAGUAAUUACAUUAGAAUUAGGGGAACUGGAAUUUGGAAGCAACUUCACCCGCCUAACACAUUUUAAGAGCAAUUGCAGAUGGGAUGAAAAGAAACUGGCUGGUUUCUCACAGCGAGCACCCAACCUUGAGGACCUGACCUUUUCCCCAGGUUCUCUUCACAAGCACAGGAAAUCCAGAGAUUCCAUAUCUUUCCCAGUGCUGAAAAUAAUUAGGUUGCUCAAUUUGGAUCACAUAGACCCUGAACCAUUUACUUCAUUGAUCAAGGGAACCAAAGUUCUCACUCACUUGAUCAUAGAAAAUGGUGAUUAUAGAAUAGAGGCCCUUCACUCUCUGACUGCAGUUAUAAAUGAUAAAACUGUUGCAGCUAUUUUGUCAUCGCUUAAGAAGCUAGUUGUGUUUCGUGCAAGUUUAACAAAGUUCGUUGGAAACGGUCGAUAUGCCAUGACUAUGAAAAGUGUCAACAGCUUUCUUAACAGCUGCCCAGAUCUAUCAGAGAUUGGUAAUUUAUUUCACUGGGACAUUCCCUACCAAGAUGUAUUGGCGCUGAAGCAACAGGCAAAAGACAAAAAUUGGGAUGUUAAUUUAUUUCCACCUGAGCGUUUGUGAUGCAUUUUCUUUAGCUGUAAAAAGGGUAAAUUUUCACUAUGUUCCAGAUGAAGGGUCAUCCCCAUGUGAUUGACGGUGACUCUAGAUGAAGACUUGAUGUGUUUUAUAAUUUCAAGUUUGAAUAACAAUCUUACCACAAUAUAACAAUGGAGUGUUUCAACAAAUAACUGGUUAAUUUGGUCUUCAGGAAUUGUAUUUGGAGUAUUCAUCUACAUGUACAUUUGAAUUAUGAAAUAAGUUUGUUGAUAAAGAUUUUGAUUUAAUGGGGAUGCAGCAUGACAGUUUUGACUGUCAAAAAUUCAUUUAUUUUGUUUGUCUGAAAUUUGACUAUUUGGUAGCACAAUCACAUAAAUUAUAAUUGCAAUAUUUUACUCCAGUAAUAUCUUUAGUAUUCCUUAUAAGUCAUAGAUUCUUGCAAUGUAGUAGCAUUCUUAUUGCACUGUGCAUUUUUGAAGGUACAUUCUUCUACCAGAUGUUUUCACAAUGUUUUGUUUUCACUGGUUUGUGUGAGAUGUAUAUUAUCAACACAACUAGGCAAUGCUGGCUUAGUUCACGUGUCAAACAAAAAAAUAACACUUGUAAUAUGUUUUGUGAUUUAUAUGUUGUUCCUUUGAAGAAUGAAUUAUUAUUGUGUUCAACAGGUUUGAUUAUUAUUCAUUAUAUGCAAGCUGAUGAGUGUGUGUGUGUGUGUGUGUGUGUGUGUGUGUGUGUGUGUGUGUGUGUGUGUGUGUGUGUGUGUGUGUGCGCGCAUCUCUGAGUAUCACACUCCUUGUUUGUGCUCUGAUGAAUAAAUUGACAGAGCAAAAUGGGCAAAAUUGCUUUCAAAUAUGUGCAUAAGACUGUUCAUUUUAUUUACCACAUUAGAGCAUUUAAAUUUUAAUGGCCAUAGACAGCGUAAACAUCAGAAGAUACACUUAAGUUAAGCAUUUCGUGUUUGAAUAAUGGCUCUGACUAGGCUGUGUAUUGGCAGCCAGUCAUGGGUGUUUAAUGGAAUAAAGUCUGCACUUCAUUGUUUGAACUGCAUUUUUUAUUUUUUAUUUUUUUUAUUUAUUUAUAUAUACAAGAGUCGUUACAUUCUUGUACAGCCACUAGUACGUGUAGCAUUUUGGGCAGGUUCUUAAUACUGUACCAUGUUCCCUGGAAUACGAACCGCCAAAUCGUUUAAUAACCAAGGUAUUAGGGUACCUCUGUAUACAUUGUUCAACUUAAUCUUGUACCUCCUUAUGGAAUAUCCUGAUUUUCAAGAUGAUCAUAGGGUUUUCUUUCCUAAUGUCCCACUGGGUUGCUAGAGUCUUGGUGAAUCUGAUACCUUCAUGUCAUUCACUUUGUCCUUUUUUUUCCUCAUAUUGGCAUUUGUAAUGAUCUUAGCGCUUUUUUAAUAUCCCUGACACAGAUAGUGCUACAUAGUCUUAUUAGUUUAGUGCCUUCUUUGUUGAUAAUUACAGUACUACAGAUAAUUUUGAUGAGUUGAUAAUUACAGAUAAUUACAGAGAUGCUCCAUCAUAUCCCUCUGUGUUCCUUGCAGUACUUGUUGCAUGUAUAUAACCAUCCUUGGGAGUUGUCUUUGGCCUCCAAAGAUUGACUUGAAGUGGUUGUUUUUUUAUUAGAAAACCUGAUACUCGAGGUACUUCCCCCUAAGGAUUUUCAUAUCAUUGCCCUGACAAGUGGCGUCUGCAAACUCAGAGUAUGAUUAAUGUAAGUCUGAUGUAGGCAAUGAGUCACAAUAACGUGGCUAAAGUAUGUUGACCAGACCACACACUAGAAGGUGAAGAGACGACAACGUUUCGGUCCGUCCUGGACCAUUCUCAAGUCGAUUGAGAAUGUAGUCUCAUGUAGUUUCUGGAAUAUUAUUGCUUACCUCUCCCCCCUUACCAAUUUGGGUUUCAAAAGUGUCAUUAGUACAAUGGAUAUUUUAGUGGACUUGGUCUACAUUCAUAUUGCCUUUGACUUGAAUUCCUCCAUUGUUAGUUCUUUUGAACUAUGUGAAGGCUUAUGACACUACAUGGAAAUACAGUAUUUUGCUUCAACUGCAUUCCUUUGGCCUUUGUGGCAAUCUCCCACCUUUCUGUUCAAAGUUUCCUCUCUCGUUGUUCAUUUCCGGUGAGAUUUGGUGCUGCUUUUUCUAAACAAAAUUUAACAACGUGAUGGCAUUUCCCUAAAGUAGUGUGCCAUGAAGCUUCAUGGAACACAGAGAGGAACCAGCAUUUUCUUUUUAAAAGAAAAUGUAAAUUCUUCUUGUAAAAGAAGAAUUUUUCUUCUUUUACAAUUCUGACUACAUUGUUGUAAUUCAUGCUUCUUAUCACAGUAUCGACAUCUGGUGUCCAACUGUUAUUUCCAUGCCAUAUGUCACCAAAGAGAAAGAACACUUUGUGUAUAGUGUGUAUAUAUACACACUAUAUAAUAUUUUAAAGUGUAUAAAUUACAUUGUGUAUAGUAAAUUUUAUAAUAUUUCAAUAUAUUUUGCCACUUUCCUGUAUCCUAGUCCUUGCACAAAGUCUUUCUGGAGCCUCAACCUUCAAGGUAACAAUAUGGUUUUGUUUUUCACUGGUUUAAGUUACCCUUAUCUAGCUCUCUUUCCAAGUAUAUUUGUGAGGUCUUGGUUUAUUUGUUCCCAGUUAAGCCGCUUGCUGUUGAAAUUGAAUUGAUUCUUCUCUUGGAUUUGAGACUGGCUGCACAGGUCUAUUGCCCCAUGCAUGUCUGAACUUUAGUUAGGUUAUCUGAGUACAUGUAUUUGUAAUCAUGUGUCUAAUCAGGUCAUCAUCGUUUGUUAAAAUAAGAGCUAAGGUGUCUUCUGUCAUAGUUCUAAUAUUUGCUGGUUUAAGGCAAAUCUGUCACACAUUUGCAAGAUGUCAUCUGUGUUUGACUUCAUUUAAACUGCUUCCUGUUAUUUUCUCUGGUAUAACUGUAUUUGCCACACUUUUCCAUUUUAUUUGCCAAGCAAGAUGAUUGGGGCAGGGUUUGAGAGGUUUUCUAAGUAGUAUUUAUUCUAUUUUUGUAAAUUGGUCUUUGAACUGCUAAUGAUUUACAUCUGGUGAUUUAUAUACAAGGACAAUUGCCAUCUUUAGAAUUUCUAUUUUGAGUAUCAGCACUUCAACCAUAUCAUUUGUGGUGCUUAGCAGCUCUGUGCAGAUGAGUGUGUCUUUGAUGUACAGGCUGACCCCACCCUGUACCCUAUGUUUUCUAUCAUCUCAAAAGACUGAAUUCUGGUAUUUAUAUCUCAUUGUCAUAAUACAGUAGUCCUUUGUGCGAGUUUCAGUGAAAGCUGCAAAUACUACAUUUGCCUCAUUAAGGAGACUAGGUAGAAAGUGGACCUUGUUUUACAUGUUUUGAUGCCUUGUAUGUUGGCAAAUAAGAAAGAUGUUAUCUUAUUUGUGGAAGUGCUGGAUAACACUGCUGUUAUCCAUCCCUUGUUCUGCUGGCCCCAACAUUAGUCUCCUGCUGAGUGUGUUGCUAACCUCACUAUACUGCAGUGUUCACCCCUCUCCACCUCAUGCCCCCAUCUUCCAGCCUGCAGUGUAAACCCGAUCCCUUUCCCCCCUUCCUCUUCCUGUCCUAAGGAAAAAAAAAGACCUCUCCCUUUUUAUUACAACCACCCUUGUAUUGGGGGUGUGACAUUCGUCCUCCUUCCUGUACAACCCCACUAUCUGAGCGCUCUCUGCUUCCAUCUCUUCUCUCUUCUCUCUUCUCUCUCAUUUCAAUCCAUCUGUAUGCCUAAGCUACCUUCCUUACCCCUUCUUGUCCAUUUUUCAUUGCUUGAUUUAAUUUUGCCAUCUUGUUCUGAUUUCACAACAGAUCUUGACCUUAGUUGCCUCUAUUAUUUGAGUGAUUCUUUGCAUCAAGCUUUUUCUCUCCAUUCAUAUUUGUUCUUCCUUACCAUGUCUCAUUCAGUUGAAUAUAUAUAUACAUUCAGUUGUCAUUCAGUAUGUGUAUCUGAACUUCAUCAUUUUUUUCACCAAGUUUUCUCCAGUGUCUCUUUGAGAACCGAAGCUCGACGCUCAUCUUGGUCACGCCAUAGUUACACCUUUAUAAUGUCACCGAACCCUUUUUAAUCCUAGCACCACUGCUCUCUUUCCUCUAUUUAUUAAUGCUUAAUAUUCUUCUUCCUUCUACUUUCCUUUUAACAUAAAUUCCACUACUACUAAUAUUUGAUUAAAUGGUAUACUGUCUUUUUAUAUUCCUGUUUUCAUCCAAUAUCUAUUGAGUUGAAGCUCUUCUUAAAAGGUUUUACCAGUCAUUACUCCAUUCAAGUAAGUUUAAUUAACUGAAGAAAUGCUGCCUUGGGGCAUUUCUUUUACUAACAUCAGUGGUUGUCUUUAAAAUCUUAUUUUUGUAUAUCCUCUCUGUCUUUGUCAAAUACUAGCCAGCCGACUCAUGUUGCCUCUCAAAGUUGUUAAUCUUUGCAUCAUACAGGAUUUGCUUCUUACCUAAGGGACAUUUUGUUUUUCUUCAACCCUGAGUUUAUAUGUUAAAACCAGUGAUAUGUCGUUACAAGACCAAUAAGAUCAGUAUUGCCUUUGAUAUUUCAGGUGGACCCUACAUACCCCUAUUUGAUUAUUGCUCAUAUUGAAGAUCUUGCUCAUUCCCCUUUGCAGUCUUCUACUGCCUGGUUUGUCUGCUUGCAGGCUAAUCUCUGUGCACAUUUGCAGUGUAUCCCCCUGUAUUGUGUCCAUCCCCAUAAAGAAUUUGGCCUGUUAAAUUUUGUAAGACAUGAAUCUGUUUGGUGAAGGUUAUACUCUCCCUACUGUCAUGGAAUGGCUUUUCCUUUAAUACUUUCAUAUGCUCCUGCUCUGUUUGUGGAUGAAUUAAAGUCUGCUGAUGGA